AUGCGCAAGCAGCUACUAGGUGACGACACCUCCCGCGGUGCUCAGGGGACGAGUCAUGGUGCUACUACGCCGCCUCCCACUCCAAUCUCAACAUCUAACGCUGAGUACAAGAGCCUCCGUGUCAGCAUGAAAGAGGCAGAUGAGCUUUUAUCUCACUUCCAGUCGAAAAAGGUGUACUUCCCGUUCGUGGAUGUACCGGAUAACCUCACAGCCGCUUCCAUGGCGAAAACCCGUCCCUUCCUAUUUUUAGCGAUUCUCACUAUAUCAACAACGCAGCGGCCGCUACUACAGAGAAAGCUCGAUGAGAGAUUCCGGCGGGUAUUGAGUGAAAGAAUUGUUCUUCAAGGGGAGAAAAGCCUGGACUACGCUCAGGGUCUGCUGGUCUAUCUUGCAUGGCAUCCUAUACACAUUCGACCAUUGAACAAUCAGCUUUUUCAGUACCUGCAGAUACUUCGUAGUAUGCUGUCUGAUCUGCGGUUGGACCAGAAGUUACACGAAAUGGCCGCGCGCAAUGCCUGUCUCGGGUGCUAUAACCUGUCCUCACUCCUUUCUCUUGGCUUUCAGCGACGCAGUGAUUCCACGUUCUAUGACAGUAUGAAGUCUGCCAUCGAUGAAACCACGACAGAAGACAAACAUCACAGUCAUCAAACGUUGCUUUCCAGGACCCAGAUGCUGUGGGAGACUGUAGGUCGAGCAUCUGAGCAAGGAAGUGAUGAUCUUCCGAAAUGCUCCCUGUCAUUCCACCUGCAGAUCCAGGACCUUGAGGGCAAGAUACGCUUUGAUGCCCCCGAGGCAGCUUCGCUACGUAUCUCUAUACUGUCACUGAAAGUGGUUACAGCCUACCUCCCUUGGACGGUUCAUAGGCCAAGCUCCAGCCAUAGGUCAUCUUCCGAGCCCUAUGCACCUCAGUACCAACCAGCCGAACACUUGAAGGAAGCACGAUCAUGUUUGGCGGAGAUUCAAGGCUUUUUCGACUACUUUCUCUCCAUACCCCCUGAUAAAUAUAUUUACUUCUCCCUUAGGGAAUGGUGUCAGCUAAUCCUCACCAUUAGCACUGCCUCACAAAUAUGCUUUCUGACUUAUCCCUUCAUGGAUACCCAAUGGUACGAGUUUCAGAUCAAGGCCCGAUCGCGAAUGCAAAUAUACUUGGAAAGCCUCUUACACCGGAUGUCGACCUUAUCCGUCUCGAAGACUGGCGACGCCCCUGAUAUCUUUAGCAUGUUUCAGUCGGUAUUGGAUGUCGUUCUGGAGACAUACGCUGUCGCCAAGAUCAACUCUCCUCUGCAGUCGAUUUCAGAUCACUCGGGUACUGAAGACACAGACUCUCCGAGUGUGGUUGAAACGAGCACGACAUCCAGACGCUGUCCCAUGAUGAAUGGGACCAUCAAGCAGACGGAGUUCUGGGAGGCAGUACAGCAGAGUAAUACCCUCUGUAGGGGAGGUACGGAAGCCAAAAGCAGUGGCCGGUAUUCGGGGGCGUUUGGGGCCGGUAUGGAUGGACUGUUUGACGAUGCUCAGGAUUGGCCGAGUUUGUUUUCAGAAUGGGUCAGUUUUACUUGA